CAGAAUACUUUGUUCGUGUUUUGCAAAUCCUUUCCUUUUCUUUAGUAUUCUUUGGUUAAAAGUGUAAUUGUGGAAAUGCUUGUGAAUGUAAAGAAAUGGAUUGAAGAAAACAGAACUGCUUUCUUGCCUCCUGUGUGCAAUAAGCUUAUGCACAAGCAGCAACUAAAUGUAAUGUUUGUCGGUGGACCAAACCAAAGGAAAGAUUAUCAUAUUGAAGAAGGAGAAGAGUUGUUCUACCAGAUAGAAGGAGAUAUGUGUCUGAAGAUAAUAGAAAAUGGAAAACACAAAGAUGUGUACAUUAAAGAAGGAGAGAUGUUUCUCUUACCGGCCAGGAUACCACACUCUCCCCAGCGAUAUGAAAACACUGUGGGAUUGGUGAUUGAAAGGCAAAGGCUAAAGACAGAAACUGAUGGACUCAGAUACUAUGUUGGAGAAUCAACUGAUGUUCUUUUUGAAAGAUGGUUUUACUGUGAUGAUCUUGGUACACAACUUAUCCCAAUAAUCCAAGAGUUUUUGAGUUCAAGGCAGUAUCAAACUGGAAAACCCGAUCCAGAUGACCUUUUGAAAGAAAUUCCAUUCCCGCUAAAUAACGCCAAGGUCAUGGAUCCCUUUGCCUUGAAAGACUGGUUGAAUGAUCAUCAUAUUGAUAUCCAGCAGAAUAAAUCUUUGGGACUUUUUGGUGAUAACUUUGAAACAGAGGUUAUAAUUUUUGGAUCAGGAAAAACUGAAGAGAAUGGGAAGGAUGCAGAUACAUGGAUAUGGCAGAUGGAAGGCACAUCAGUGGUUACUAUAGACAGAAAGUCCUUGACCUUAGCAACUGGAGACAGUCUUCUCAUCCCUGUAAAAACUAAGUUUCAUUGGAAAAGAGCAGAAGGUUCCAUUGCUCUUCAUGUUGUUCAGGAUCCACAACAGAAAAGACCCUAUGCCUGAAUUCUAUACAUUGCUGACCAGAUAGAUAAACCAGCUUCUUAAUAAAAAAAAUGUCAACUUUGUCAUUUUACAAAAGUGACAGUUAACACAGUGAUCAAUAAAAACCUGGGAUGUUCACCAAGAAAAAAA